CGCACCGCUCUGAUCUGUCAUGGCUGUGUGCUGCAGUUUGAAGAACCUGUGUGAAUAUGAAACUUCCAAAGUUGUGCGCAUUCAGAGCGUUUACUACGGGAGCAUCAAGUGGGCUAUUCACACUGUCGUCUUCUUGUAUGUCUGCAUCGUGCUUAUCGCUGAUAGACGCUACCAGAAGAAGGACUCCGUCAUCAGCUCAGUGCACACGAAAGUGAAAGGGGUGUCUCAGACGGACAUGAGGAUCUGGGACACGGCAGAAUACACAAUCCCCAUGCAGGGAAUAGAUUCCUUUUUUGUGGUAACGAAUAUCAUCCUGACAGAAAACCAAAUCCAGGGACUUUGCCCUGAGUUCCCCAUUGCCAAAGCUGUUUGCUCUACUGACAGAAGCUGUAUGAAAGGUCGUACGGACCCCCAGAGUAAUGGAAUUCAGACAGGCAAAUGUGUGAAGUACAACACCACUAUCAAAACAUGUGAGGUCGCAGCUUGGUGCCCUGUGGAAUCAGUUAAAAGCGCUCCAGUGCCUGCCGUUCUGAGGAGUGCGGAAAACUUCACUGUGCUUAUAAAGAACAAUGUUCAUUUUCCGAAAUUUAAUUAUACAAAAAGAAACAUUUCACCGGAAUUUAAUAUUUCCUGCACAUACGACAAGAGCUCUGCUCCGCAAUGCCCAAUUUUCCGGCUGGGAGAUAUUCUCAAGGCUGCAGGAGAGAACUUUUCGGAGGUGGCCGUUCAGGGUGGCAUCAUUGCCAUUGAAAUUAACUGGAAUUGCAUCCUGGACAAAUGGCUUCACCGUUGCCAGCCCAAAUAUGGAUUCCGCCGCUUGGAUGACAAAAAAACGAAUGAAGCUUUGUAUCCUGGCUACAAUUUUAGAUUUGCAAAGUAUUACAAGCAGGCCAACGGGAAGGAGGAGAGGACGCUGAUCAAAGCCUACGGCAUCCGCUUCGACAUCCUUGUCUUUGGCACGGCAGGACAAUUUGAUUUCUUUGAGCUGCUGGUGUACAUAGGUUCAGCACUUUCCUACUUUGGCCUGGCUCAGCUAGUUGUUGAUUUUCUCAUUACUUCAUACACAUUCCCCUGCUUCAAAUCCAAUCCAGUGAAGAAAUAUUACUACCAAAAAAAGUGUGAAUCAGUAACAGGACCAAGAUGGACUCUGCUGUACGUGAGUUUCGUUGAUGAGCCACACAUCUUCAUGAUUGACAAACUGCUGAGGACAAGCCUGCAGAACGUUAAGGGCGAGGUUAUUCACAGACGCGUCGGCGAUGCUGCGCCUGCUGCCAAACUCCCGCUGCAGCGUCCGGAUGAAGCUGUUCCUCUAGGGACCUCCCAGGAGCUGCAGCCCCUCAACACGGCAGAGGAGCCGCCGCCGCUGCCUUCCUUCCGCGAGCGUCCGCCUUGGUGCAGCUGCGGAAAGUGCCGCCCGGCACAGCCCUACUGGGAGCAGCUCUGUUGCCGGCGGACGGCCGGGCCGUGCAUCACCGCCUCGGCUUUGUUUGAGCGGCUCGUCCUUUCCAGGCUGACGCUGGAGUUUGUCCUGCUCUACAGAGACCCCUUGUUGGACCUGAAGGCCGAGAGUCUCUGCCGGCCGCUGCGGCACUGCGCUUACGAGCAGUACCUUCGCUGGCGCUUUGGGCAGGAGGACCUGGAAGAAAGGGCCGUGAUCCCGAGCUGCUGCAGGUGGCAGAUCAGAGACGCCUUUCCCAGUGAGAAGGGCGAGUACUCCGGCUUCCAGAAGAAGAAGUAGCUGCUAUCCGCGGAGGCUUCGUGCUGUGGCCGUGGCGCACACGGGGGCAAAACAGAGUCAGCCGGGGGGGGGGGUGCCGCGGCCUCCUCCCUUUCCAAACCCCUGCUGUGUGAUCUCCUACGUGUUCCACACACUCUCUAUAAUCAGCGGCCAUCGCUUAUGUUGCUGGCAUGUAUGAUGGCAGUGUUGGACUGGACUGUGGAGAUCUGAAUUCAAAUCCCCACAUGGCCUUGGAGCUCACUGGGUCGUCUCUCAGCUUAGCCCACAUUACCCAGCUCACAGGACUAUUGGGAGGGCAAAAUGAUGGAGAAGAGCUAUAUAUUCUGCUCUGAACCCCUUGGGGCAGGAUAGAACUGGAACCAACAGACUGUUCUGCAUUUCUUUUUUGUUACCCUUGAAUGAGGCUCAGCUGGAACGAAUUCCUCUCCCUGCCCUCAUGGACCCCCUCCUCCCAGCAGCCCCGGGGAAAGGAGGU